CUUGACUUCCGUCAAUCCCAGAAGACAAACCAGAGCCGAAGAACAAAAAAAAAACCACAACUUUCACUCCCGCAAUCGAAGACAGAUGAGAAGCAGGAGGCUGCUCCGCGAUCUCCUCCCGCGGCUGUCCAAACCCACCGAUUCCCUCGCCCAAAUCCGCCAGAAGCCACAACUUUCCACCAAAUCCGGCCAGGAUGCGGCGCAAUCCGCCGCCGCUAAGGCCGCCGACCCAGCCCGCGCGGUGUCGCUGCUGGCCGAGCGCGACUGGUUCGCGCGGAUCAACUCGGAGUUCGCCGCGCCACUCCGGGAGCUGGGCCCGCGCUUCGUCGUCCGCGCGCUGCAGCGCGCCGCCGCCGCCGACGAGCCGCUCCUCUGCGUGCGCCUCUACGUCUGGGCGUCCCGGUUCGGGCAGCGCUUCGCGCGGGACCGGUCCGUGCGGCGCGCGCUCGGGGACGCGCUGUGGCGGCGCGGGCCCGUGGUGCUCUCGGCCGCGCUGGUCGCCGACGUGCGCGGCUGCGGCUGCGAGGUCUCGGAGGACCUGCUGUGCGCGCUGGUGGAGAGCUGGGGCAGGCUCGGGCUGGCGCACUACGCCCACGAGGUGUUCGUGCAAAUGCCGCGCCUCGGACUGCGCCCCAGCACGGCCGUCUACAACGCUGUGAUCGCGGCGUCCGUGCGGGCUGGCGCGGUGGACGCCGCGUACCUCAGGUUCCAGCAGAUGCCUGCGGAUGGGUGCCGGCCGGACUGCUUCACGUACAACACGCUCGUGCACGGAGUCUGCCGGCGCGGGAUCGUGGAUGAGGCGCUGAGGCUGGUGAAGCAGAUGGAGGGUGUGGGGAUCAGGCCGAAUGUUUUCACGUACACAAUGCUGGUUGAUGGGUUCUGCAAUGCUGGCAGAGUGGAAGAAGCUGUUGGUGUGUUGGAGAGGAUGAAGGAGAAGGGUGUGCUGGCGACUGAGCCUACUUACAGGACUCUGGUUCAUGGUGCAUUUCGUUGCCUGGGAAAAGAAAGGGCUUACAGGAUGCUGAGUGAGUGGAUUGAGAGUGAUCCUACUGUGCAUUCGAGUGCAUAUCAUACUUUGCUGUAUUGCCUCUCGAAGAACGACAUGGCGAGAGAGGCAGUUCAGUUUGUGAAGAAGAUGGGCAAAAGGGGAUAUCUCCUUGACAGCACAACAUUCAGUAUCGUGAUCCCUUGUGCUGUGAAAUUCUUGGAGUCCAAUGAUCUGUGUGAGUUGGUGGAUGAUUUCAUCAAGAAAGGGGGAAAUUUGGGAUUUGAUAUGUAUAUUACGAUUAUCAAAUCCUUGUUGAGGUGCAAGGAUAUCUCAAAGGCAAAGUUGUAUUUAAGUCAGAUGGUUUCAGAUGGACUUUUGUCUAGUGUGGCAUCCUACAACAUGGUGAUUGAUUGCCUUGCUAAGGCAGGUGAGGUGGAAAGAGUACUGGAGACCAUCAAAGUUAUGCAAGAGUCAGGUUUCUCUCCUAAUCUCGUGACUUUUAACACACUGAUAAAUGGAUAUUUAAAACUAGGCAAUGUACAUGAUGCAAAGGCAGUUCUUAAGAUGCUCAUGGAACAUGGUUUCAUGCCAGAUGUCAUUACUUUUACCUCCCUUAUUGACGGGCUAUGUCGUGCCCAUCAGCUGGAUGAUGCCUUUACUUGCUUCAGUGAGAUGUCUGAGUGGGGUGUUAGGCCGAAUGUCCAGACUUACAAUGUUCUAAUACAUGGAUUUUGUUCAGCAGGGCAUGUUAACAAGGCUGUUGAAGUUCUUAAUAAGAUGAAAAUGGAUGGUAUUACACCUGAUGCAUAUUCCUUCAAUGCACCUAUUUUAAGUUUUUGCAGGAUGAGAAAAAUAGAGAAAGCUCUAAAACUUUUUAAUGCCAUGUCAAGAUAUGGUGUAUCUCCAGACAGUUACACAUACAAUGCCCUGAUAAAAGCUCUAUGUGAUGAAAGAAGAGUUGAUGAAGCUAAAGAAAUUGUACUUGCAAUGGAGUCCAGUUCCUGCAUUGCUGCUAAUCAACAUACAUAUUGGCCAGUUGUUGGUGCACUGACUAAAAUGGGUCGUUUCAAUGAAGCAGGAAUGUUCAUGAAUAAACUUCAUAGAAAAACUGCCCACUUAGGUUCCAGUGCUUGUUUAAGGCCAGGGUCAGAUAUUUUGGUCCAGACUGUCAAAGCAUGACUUAUCAGUUACAUGAUAUUUUGCUACAUGAUGCUGUCUUCUCCUUUGAUGAAAAGAUCUAUAUCCUCAUCGCUGCUAAGCUACUGUACAACUAAUGUCUACCAUUGCUUCACAUGAUCUAUUUCAGUCGUGUUUAUUAUCUCCACCCUUUGUUUUCCUAUUGAGCCAUCCAUAAUAGUGGUGACAGUAUGCUUGCAUUCUCUCAGAAAAUGUUGAUCAAGAACUGGGCUUCUUAGUGCUUUGAGGAAUUUAGCAUUGGGAUACACGACAUUUCAAGGAUGCAAUGAAUUUGGGCUUGUCCCUCUGAAAUCCUAUUCAGAACAAUUCGGCCAUGCAACAUCUAAAACGAUUGGCACGCUCAGGCGAAAUAUCCAGGACCAGGCAAAUGGAAAAUAUUGAGGCCGUUGUGCUGGCAAUAAAUAAAUCUGCAAACAACCACUCAUUCGUGGCAAGGCUAGCGAAGCCAUUAAAAUUAAAUAGCGAUCAAACAUGGUAAAAAUUUCGGCUAUUGGGGUAGAUAUUCACGCCGGUUCUUCUUUGAGAUAAACACGACAGAUUCUAUCUGAAGCCUUCUUAUGCCAAGAUAAACAGUGUAGGACUGAUAAAUGCAUGGGAUUUUUUUCAAAGCUCUGAUAACGAAUGGGAACCUGUUUCUGUUUAUGGAACCCAUGUGUAUAAUUCGGAUGGAGGCAGACGUUCACAGCAGGGAGGUGUUUGUCCAGGUUUCCCCUUCACGCCGCAGGUGCCCAAGUCCAACUCCGUUGUGGCCCUGUCAAUGCCACUAUGUUGUGGCCCUGUCAAUAAUUGCCACUAUGUUUGGCGAAUGCUAGACCUGUCAAUGCCACUAUGUUGUGGUUGUGGCCCUGUCAACAAUUGCUACGUAAGGCCAGUCUCAAUGGCCUGUUUCAAUGCACUGUUUCCAAAACAAAUCUGUUGACAGAACAUCAAUGAAACAAACAAUGAAACAACCUCCACAAUG